CAGAAUAGAAAUCCAACAUGUCGUUGUCAACAAAGCCUUUACGAGACCUCAUUACUCUGUAGAUUUUGUACAGUAUCAUAACAGCGCGGAGUGUCGUGUUUUCCUACAAAUUUGAUAAAACAAUCGAAUUAUCACCGCCAACGAUGGCUCCGACCGUGCAAAAUGGUGCGAAUGGAGCCGAUAAGCGUCCUGUUCGUCAGCAAGAACGAAGAUCGGAGUUAAUUUCUCGAGUGAAAUAUUGCAACACACUGCCGGAUAUUCCAUUUGACCUAAAGUUUAUUACCUAUCCGUUUGAAAAUGACCGCUUCAUCCAAUACAACCCGACCUCGCUGGAGCGUAACUAUCGCUAUGAGGUGCUUACCGAGCACGAUUUGGGAGUUACAAUCGAUCUGAUAAACCGGGAUCUGUACCAAAUCGACCAUUCGGCCCAGCUGGAUCCAGCCGAUGAGAAGUUGCUCGAAGAGGACAUUCACACGCCUCAGGACUCGAUGCGUAGCAGCCGGCAUGCGAAAAGUGUGUCUUGGUUGCGAAAAUCGGAGUACAUCUCCACCGAACAGACGCGUUUCAAUCCGCAAACGAUGGAAAAGGUGGAGGCGAAGGUCGGUUUUAAUGUGAAGAAAAGCUUGCGUGAAGAAACGCUCUACAUGGACCGCGAGGCGCAAGUCAAGGCUAUCGAGAAGACGUUCGACGACAACACGAAACCAAUCACGACACACUACAGCAAGCCGGGUGUUACGCCGGUCGAGGUAAUGCCCGUGUUUCCGGACUUUGCCAACUGGAAGUAUCCGUGCGCCCAAGUCAUUUUCGAUUCGGAUCCCGCACCGAGUGGCAAGAACGUUCCGGCUCAAAUCGAAGAAAUGUCGCAGGCAAUGAUCCGUGGUGUGAUGGAUGAAAGCGGUGAGCAGUUCGUUGCCUACUUCCUGCCAACGGAAGACACGCUCGAGAAGCGGCGACGCGAUUUGGUUAACGAAAUGCUGUAUGAGGAUGAGGAGGAGUACGAGUACAAGAUGGCUCGCGAGUACAACUGGAAUGUGAAGAGCAAGGCCUCCAAGGGUUACGAAGAAAACUAUUACCUUGUGCUGCGCCAGGAUGGCAUCUACUACAACGAGCUGGAAACGAGAGUUCGACUGAGCAAACGUCGGCAGAAAAAUGCUCAGCAGCAGAGCAACACGAAGCUGGUCGUGAAGCAUCGUCCAUUGAAUGCUUCUGAGCAUCGCAUGCAGCGCUAUCGCGAGCGGCAGCUUGAACCACCAGGCGAAGAAGAUGAUGAAGACAUCGAAGAGGAAGAAGAAGAAGAGGACGAUGAAGAGGAAGCGCAAGGCAGUCAGGCGCAAGGAGGUGAAGGAAAAGGAGAAACCGAUCAGAAUGAGGAUAAAGCAAAGCGAGAAGAUCGGGAUCGAAGUCGUUCCCGAUCACAGGGAUCGAACCACUCUGGAUCGUCCCGAUCGAGAUCAAGAUCGGGUACAAGAUCUCAGUCGAGAUCCGUUUCGAGAAGUCGCAGCCGGUCAAAAACGGGUAGCCGUAGUCGCAGUGGUUCUGGAAGUCGUAGCCGCAGUGGAUCUAAAAGUCGCUCACCUACUCGGAGCAAUAGUCGCAGCGUUUCGCGCUCACGUUCUCGAUCGGGAUCGCGACGAGCUUCAGCCUCGCGUUCUCGUUCACGGUCCGUGUCACGUUCCCGUUCCAGGUCACGCCUACGCUCUGGGUCACGUUCGGGGUCCGGUUCGCGUAGUCGCUCCCGAACUCCAGAUGGCGGCGGCUCGCGCAGUGGAUCAGCCAGCCGCUCAGGAAGUGAAUCAGAAUAAAUUCGAUACGGAAGCGCGACCACUUCUUACUUUCUAAUCCAUACAUUUCUAUAAUAAACAUUUUACGAACAUUGGAAAAGCGA